UUCGAAUGCAUUCUAAUGCAUUUUACACAUUCGAUGGGAAUUCAGUGGACAUUCAGUGUACAUUUUUUCCCAUGCAUUUUAUUUUACAAAUUGCACCUAAUUUACAUUUAAUGCACGUAAAAUGCUUAUUCGAUGCACAUUUAUUCCUAAUUGGUUCCAUUUUCUUUUCCUUCCAGAUUGAUAUUGAGCAGUGUCUAGUAUCACAGGAUGGAUAAACGAGAAAUAGUCGACCGUUUUUGGCAGCGCAUGGGCAAGCUGAUUGGCAUCAUUCCUUGGCGCGUUAUCAGCAUCAUGGACUUGCUCGAGCUGUCUGGUUCGGAUGCGCUGGCCGAGGUGAAGGACUGGGGUACGGCGAUCAAUGCAACCAUCCAGACUGAAGGUCAAGCAAUUUACGAUGAGGGUAUCGAGCGAAAGACUGUAACGGUCUCUAAAUUUGACAUUUUUGGACGUCAUGCAACUAGUUUGGAUAAAUUUGAGCUAACGGCUGGAGAGAAGUCCACCAUUCAACGAAUAGCCAAAUCAGUCCAAGAGAAUGGGAUCUUACGCUUCAUACAUGGCAACGAGGCUAAUCACGAGGCUGGGCAAGAACAAAUCCCCGAGGUCGAUGAUAUUGUUGCACCCAUUGUAACACCAGGUGAAAUACAAAAAUCACUUAUAAAACGUUUGGCUACCUAUUAUGGAACUCGUCCUGGCACUGGCAUCAAAAUGGACGAUUUCAAUAACUUAGCCGUGCGCAUAACAGAACAAGCCCCCAACAGGGUGGCAGUCAAAGCUGAUUGCGUUUUGAAAUGUGGAAGGUCGGUUGUAUGCAUUCAAACCGGACGUACAUGGGCUGUGUCCAACUACGUCCAGCAUAUAACCAGGGUGCAUCAGGUUCGCAAAUCUGACUGUAUUGCACACCACACUCGAAGUCGUCGGAAUCGUUCAAAUCGAAACCGACGCAAUACAAGGGUUGAUGAUUUUACAGCUGCCUUUCGAAAUUACGCUGAAAGUGACGGCUCCGACGAAUCCUAUGCUCCCGAAGAAGCAAACUCGAUCAGCUCAACCGGAAGUUAUACUACCGUAGAAGAGCACGAGUUGGAGAAUCUCGACACCACUCACGAUCGAGACGAGGACGACGACGACCAGGACGACGACGACCAGGACGACGACGACCAGGACGACGCCGACCAGGCCGACGCCGACCAGGACAACGAUGACGACCAGAACAUCGAGGGUGAGGCAGCCAAAGACACCGAGGCAUCCAGUGAACAAACUGUCAGAUCGCCCGAAACCACAGUGCAACCUGUUGUCACUGCACAGCCUGAUGGGCCCAAGGGAAGAAAGAGGGGACCAAAAGUAGCUAGCAUCAUUGAACAGUUCUCACCUCAACCAGAAUGCAGCUACCGUUCAAGACAAAGUUCGGGAAACUAGAAGCGCGGAGCAGCGAGGCCAACUGCUCCGUGUCGUCUAACAGGGCUGCAUAUCCAAUGCUUCAGCAUUAUCGAACAAUUGCUAAAAGCAAGCCCAACACGAACGUCGUGGUGUACGUUACACGGAUGAGGAAAAGGAUAUUGGACUGUAUAACUACAUGAUGGCUGGCAAGAGGUACCACAAAUUCCUUGUUGGGAACUUGCCCGUCAUCAGCCGAAGCACUCUAUCAAGGCACUUGAAGGCUAGCACAAAGUGUAUAGAUGAAGGCCAAAUCGAUGUAGCGGGUUUGAAGCAGUACUUACUUCAAAACGGUUAUCCGUUGGAAGUUAUGCUGUCAGAGGAUGGAACCAGAGUUAUGCAGCAAGUGCAGUAUGAUUCUAGAUCAAACACGAUAACUGGAUGUGUUGCACCACUGGACAAGACUGGACUGCCGACGCAAGCCUACUUCAACGCGUCAAAUGCCAAUGAGGUGGUCGAAAAACUGGAGAAAUGCGCACUGGCAAGCACUGCUUAUGUCCAACUCGCUACUCCCUUGGUACCAAACGCUGCGCCCUAUGUACUGUUCUACAUGGCCACUGACAACAAGUUUAAUCACAUACAUGUCAUUAAACGUUGGGCUCACACGAUCAAAACACUCCAAGCCAAUGGAAUUGCUGUCUUAGGCAUCGCUUCAGAUGGAGCCACACCUUUGCUAAGCGCCAUGAUCAACGUGACGAAGUUUACACCAGAAUCCUCACUGGGUGAAUUGUUUGCUAUUGCAUUUGACCAGUUGGUAAUCUGCUUCCAAGAUAGUCUACAUAUCUUGAACAAUAUCCGUCGCCGGCUGUUUAAACUGCCGGGA